GCAACGCCGCGAGAAAGAUGGGGAGGUAAAGAGAUAGAGGAAAAAGCUUGCCUGCUCUCCGUGUCAUUGAAGCAUUUUGAACCAUGGAUACUUCCAUCUCCUAUCUAGGUCUAUUAAACAUGGCUUCCAACCGUACUCAAUCAAUUCCAAUUAUGAUUCAAUUUCAUAUAUGGCGUCUUUACCGUUGACCUAUAGCAAUAUCACUUACGCUCGAACCAUCUAGAUUAUAUUAUACCCCACAUUAUUGCAUAAAAAUAGUGACACAGCUAGCCAGCGAAGAGAUAGCGCGGGAAGAGAGUGAAAAUAGCGCGGGAAAAAAAGUUGAGAAUCCGCUACCUUGACGACAUGAGCAAUUAUCAAACUAGGGAAGACAACACACUUGAUUAGUGAGUGUGAGGGGAGUGUAGUGCGCGCGUAAUACAGGUGAAUGCUCGUCAUUUCAUCCUGUAUACAUACAAGCACACACACGCUUGAUUUGUGUUUGUUGGUUAAUUACUCAGCGAGGAAAGUGACACCGUUAAAAGGCGCAGAUAUGGCUUCGCAAGGGACCGAGCAAGUGAAUUGUGAGGGAACACUUCACAGUUCAAGACUAACGACUGAACAAAUGGAAGAGUACAGGGAAGCGUUUAACAGCUUUGAUCGUAAUAACGAUGGCGUCAUAUCAGUGGAUGAGUUUGGUGACGUCAUCAGGACGUUGGGUCAGAACCCUACUAAAAAAGACAUUGAGGACGCUGUCAAGAGAUUUGAUGAAAACAAAAACGGUACAAUAGAAUUCAACGAGUUCAUCAAGAUGAUUGACCUAAUCCCUUUCAAUGAUAAGGAUCAGGAACAAGAGGAACUCAGGAAAGCUUUUCAAUUGUUUGACAAAGAUGGCAACGGUUAUAUCAGUGCGGCUGAGCUGAAGUUAGCCAUGACUACACUAGGAGAACCUUUGACAGACGACGAAGUAGCAGAAAUGAUCGCCAAUGCAGACAUUGAUCAGGAUGGAAAGAUUAAUUACGAAGAAUUCGUUGAAAUGAUCGUGCAGUCUUCGGAGAAUUCAUGAGGCUGAGAGCCGAAUGCUUCAUAAACAGCAUCCAUACUUUUGACCACCACGAGUGGAGGCGGUAUCUGUCCACGAAAACACCAAGUUUGCUCCAAGAACAAAUCGAGAAAAUUUCAAGACGUUUGUGCAAACUAUAAAGCUAGUUUAUUCCUAGGAGAGUUCACUGGAUUGAAUUAAUACGGAGCAUAUUCGUUGCGAAUUUUCUCACUAUCAAGACAUUAAUUAUGCACAGGUUCAGUGGCAAUAAUAAUUCGUAUGUAUAUAAUCCUGAAGUGAAUGUGAAUCGCACUUGCUGAAGCCCCCCCCCCCUUUCUUUGAGAAAGAAAAUGUCGGGUGAAAACCAUCCGUCGUCAUGGUGACUGGUAGAUAUGGUAAAUAUCUGUAUGUUUAAAGACUGAUAUCAAAACACACUUUGCUUUUGAAGAAGGUCUCAUUCUUCACUGAUGUAAAUAAUUCGCUGACUGUUUUAAAGAUAGAACUGAGUUUUGGUAACGUCAGUGCAUCAUGAAAGAAACUGAAAGAAAUUGGAAAAGGUUGAUCAUGUAUAGAACAAAAGAAUGGGUGGAUACUGCUGGCGUUCGAAUUAUCGAAAUGAUAGGAAACGGUCACAAAUUAUUUGUCAUCUUUAUCAGGACUCAAAGUUCGGUUUGACAGGCAGACACUUUACCGACUGAGAAAACUUGCCUCCUCCUUAAUGUGCUCUGGUUUCUAUUUUAUAUUGCAUAUAGUUAAAUAUUGGGAGAAUGCUAGUCGUAUAUUCGUAGUUCUAGUAGACGUACAUUUAGUAAUAGUAUAAGAAGUAGUAUAGUAGUAGUAGUAG